AUGAAUCUAACCGAUACGUACAUGGCGAAGGAAGACAAAUUUCCAGUUGGAAUGAAAAUAUUUGUCAUAGACGAUGCGUUACUUAGUCACUUUGUUCCUGACGUUUUUCAGCUUCUGCGCCGCCAACAGAUUGCUAUUUUACGCUUGUCCUCCUCUCAAGCAACUAAAUCUGGUGCAAUCCCUUCUGCACUCCGAUCCUCAAGUUGUUUUCGAGGACGUCUAAUACGAUUCCACUCUUCGAAAGCUUCACAUAUAGUUAUCUUCGAUUUUGUGAUGCGUUUAACAACCACGCGGCUGAAAGCGAUAAAAACCGCAUUCUGA